GCGAGCCUCCGUAUCCGAGGAACUGCGUGUGUGUGUAGAGUGUGUCCGCCACGCUACGGGACCGUGGAGGAGCCAGUUCCUGCCGCUCGGUCUCUGUAUUGCGCCGGGUUGUGGGAACGGAGCAGGCAGCUAUGCCUCGCUUCGCUCAGCUGGUCAUGGGCCCGGCGGGCAGUGGCAAGAGCACUUACUGUUCCAACAUGGUCCAGCAUUGUGCAGCCAUAAACCGCUCUGUGCAAGUUGUUAACCUAGACCCUGCAGCAGAAUAUUUCAAUUAUCCUCUGAUGGCUGACAUUCGAGAAUUAAUUGAAGUGGAUGAUGUUAUGGAAGAUGACUCCUUAAGGUUUGGUCCCAAUGGUGGUUUAGUAUUUUGCAUGGAAUACUUUGCCAAAAACUUUGACUGGCUUGAGGAUUCUCUUGGCCAUGUGGAGGAUGACUAUAUACUCUUUGAUUGCCCAGGUCAGAUUGAACUCUAUACUCAUUUGCCAGUGAUGAAACAGCUGGUGGAGCAGCUGCAGCAGUGGGAAUUCCGUGUCUGUGGAGUUUUUCUUGUUGAUUCUCAGUUUAUGGUGGAAUCUUUUAAGUUUAUUUCCGGUGUCUUGGCAGCCCUCAGUGCAAUGAUAUUGUUAGAGAUUCCACAGAUCAACAUCAUGACCAAAAUGGAUUUGUUGAGCAAGAAAGCUAAAAAGGAAAUUGAAAAGUAUUUAGAUCCUGAUAUGUAUUCUGUGAUCGAAGAUUCUGCAAAUAUACUAAAAAGCACAGUGUUCAAGAAACUGACUAAAGCUAUAUGUGGAUUGAUUGAUGACUACAGCAUGGUUCGAUUUUUACCUUAUGAUCACUCUGAUGAAGAAAGCAUAAAUAUUGUGCUGCAGCACAUAGACUUUGCCAUUCAGUACGGGGAAGAUCUAGAAUUUAAAGAACCAAAGGAAAAUGAAGAAGAGAAACCUGCUACUUUAGAUGAAUAUUUUCAAGACCAAGUGGAUGAGUAAAGAAUGUAUAUACCAAAAGAAGAGAGAAAAUAGCCUGGUUGUAAAAUAUGCCUAAAUAAGGAAUCUUUCUCUGAAUAUUUGUGGGUGUUGGGUUUUUUUGGUUUGUUUUUUUAAAUAUCAAAACUAUAACUUGAAUAAAUGGCUAGAGGAAGCCAGUCAUGCAUUUUCACAUUAUUACUUUAAGAAAUAAUUGUCAUUAUUGUAUAUAAAAUACUUAGCCACCAGUCACAGAAAGCUAAAUUCCAUACACAUAAUUGCAUUUCUUCUUUAAAUGCUAGAUUGCUUGAAAAAUCUGGGCGUUGUAGAGGGGCACUGUCAAAAUAAAAAUCAUAUAUAUUUUUUUCUUCCCUUGUUACUAGUAGCUUAUUAGUAGGGAGAAAGUUUAAAACAAAUCUAGUUUACUUACCAUUUAUGCUGUUGGUUGACAUUUUGUAUUUCAUUCAUACAACUGAAAAUGGAGUAGUCAUUUUCACUUUCUGGUUAGUUGUGUGCUAAUUUAAUGUCACUGGGUUUUGGUUCCCAGUGCUGCAGAAAAAAUGUUUAAAUGCCCCCAGUAACAUGGUUUUUGUACACCUCAUGAAAAUGUUGAGAUUGAUAUAUCACUCACCCAAUUCAUACCUGUUAUAAAUUGAUGUAGCUCUCUUGAAAUCAAUGCAAUUGUACCUGGUUAUACCAGGUAUGAAUUUGGUCCAUUAGGUUUUUGUUAAUCUGCUCACCAAUUAUCUAAUUUCAUUUCAAACAACCUACAUUAUAGGCCUAUUCAACCUGUCAGUGUCCAUCUAUCCUCCCAGAGAUGUUUUUAAAUCCUUAGCCAAUGGCAAGUUCUCUGAAAGAGAAAUCUGACUUUUAAGUAUUGACUUAAUACUUCAGAUUUACACAGCUGUUCAGAAAGAUGUGAAAAGCAGUUCUUUGAAGGAAACUGUUGCUCUUGCUGUAGUACUCUGUACAAUAUUUAAAUAUGAAAAAAAUACUUUUUCAGAUGUUUAUAUUUCAUUCCUUGACUAUUACAAUGUUUAAUAAAUUGUAUGUAUAGGAAAACCAGCAA